AUGAAGGAGGUGAUGGAGGAGGUGAUGGACGAGGUGAUGGAGGAGGUGAUGGAGGAGGUGAUGGAGGAGGUAAUGGAGGAGGUGAUGGAGGAGGUGAUGGAGGAGGUAAUGGAGCAGGUGAUGGAGGAGGUGAUGGAGGAGGUGCUGGAGGAGGUGAUGGAGGAGGUGAUGGAGGAGGUAAUGGAGGAGGUGAUGGAGCAGGUGAUGGAGGAGGUGGUGGAGGAGGUGAUGGAGGAGGUGAUGGAGGAGGUGAUGGAGGUGAUAGAGGAGGUGAUGGAGGUGAUGGAGGAAGUGAUAGAGGAGAUGAUGGAGGAGGUGAUGGAGGAGGUGAUAUAG